UAUUCUUUCCCAAGGCUGUUUGGCAAUUUAACUUUUUUUUUAUUCUUUCCCUCUGUCUUUCCUCUGUCAAUUCUCUCUAUCUCCAUACUUCACAAUUUGCCUACAACGCCGUCUAGCUAUACAGUUUUUAACCACGUAGCUACACGAAAAAAGAAAAAAAAAUGUCAGGAUCCACUGCCGAGGAGUCCUUAAAAAGGAAGCGAUCGAAAGUUCCCGAAAAGGCAAAUAAACGAACCAAAGCAAAGGACAGCGACGAACGCGAUCCCCAAGCUGAAAUCCUGCAACUCGAGAAUGAGAUCAUAGAGUCCAAGAAGAAUUACAAUAACAUAACAACCCUUCUCGAGCUCGCGCAAGAAGAUGGCGACGAUGAUUCAAAUGAUUCAACCCAGCUAGCAAUGGUCUCGCUGUGUAGAGUAUUUCUACGUCUGUUUGCAUCAGGAAAUUUGGCUAGACGAAACGGACAGUCAGAAAAGGAUAUUGUAGUGGUCCAAUGGCUUAAGCAAAGACUUAGCGAUUAUAAGCAAAUCAUAAUCUCGGAAUUGCGCCAGGAGGAUACCGCCUCAACUGCGUUGACUCUAGCUAUGCGCAUCUUACAAGCCGAAGGCAAACAUACGAACGACAAGGAUGAAUACAACUUUCCGAAAGCGUUUCUUAGAAACGUCGUAGAAGCGCUUAUCCUAAGCGAAUCCGAAGACGUUAGAGAUGAGUUUUGCGAGAAGUUCUUGGGUGAAUAUGCGGAUAUAAGAUUCUAUACGUUUAAAGCCCUGAAAGAUAUUCUUUCUGAAGAACACUCAGUAUCGUCCAAGGAGGCUCUAUUUGAUAACGCAUUUGGCUUGCUAUCCUUCUUCGAGGAUAUACCGUCUUCUGUUGAAGAAAUGGGCGAGUUCUAUAUUGAUGCGCCAAAGAAGAAGUCAUAUCCUGUCACAUCGCUGAAUCAGCAGAAGAAGCAAGCCCAAGAAGCCUGGGUAGCACUGCUCGACCUAGGCCUCAAUCGGGACCAAAGGAAAAAGGUGCUUCAAAUCGUGACCAGGUCCAUUGCGCCGUGGUUCGUCAAGCCAGAGCUUCUGAUGGACUUCCUAACAGAUUCGUACAACUCCGGAGGCGCAGUUUCUCUUCUAGCUCUGUCAGGCGUCUUCUAUCUCAUACAAGAGCGGAAUUUGGACUAUCCAUCCUUCUAUCGGAAGUUGUAUUCAUUGUUGGAUGCGAAUAUUCUACAUUCAAAACAUCGGUCCAGGUUCUUUCGGCUGUUGGACACGUUCCUCUCUUCUACGCAUCUUCCCGCCGUCCUAGUAGCAAGUUUCAUCAAGCGAAUCACGAGGCUGUGCCUCAACGCCCCCCCUGCUGCUAUCGUUGUGGUCAUACCCUGGAUUUAUAACCUAUUCAAAAAGCACCCGCUUUGCACGUUCAUGAUGCAUCGUGUGCCGAGAUCGCCGGAAGAGAAAGAGGCGCUGGAAAAUGAAGGGAUGGCCGAUCCUUUCAUUCCUGACGAAGAAGACCCAAUGGAAACUCGCGCCAUCGAUAGCUGCUUGUGGGAGGUUGUUCAGCUGCAGUCACACUAUCACCCGAACGUUGCGACUAUCGCGAAAAUAGUAUCGGAGCAAUUCACUAAGCAGUCCUACAACCUUGAGGAUUUCUUAGACCAUUCGUAUAGCAGCGUAAGUGAACAUUUACUUGACGCGGAAUUAUCCAAGCAAGUCAAAAAGGCUCCUGUUGUGGAGUUCAUGAUACCCAAAAGGGUAUUCCUUCCUCAGGAUCUAGACUCGGGGGUAGAGGACAAUCUUCUAGCGAAACUCUGGAACUUUCAAUGAUCGACGUUUUGACGUCUAGGAUCGUCUCGGAGUGCGCGUCACGUAAACAUGGAACCUUCGGCAGCUACCCUUCUGUUAUUGCUAGGUUUAGUAUUAUUACGGGUAUCAAU